CUUGCGCUUCAGGUCCAUAGCAACCGCUUUGUUUUCCCUAACUACCACUGCAAGGGAAACAGCGCUCAGAGAUGGCUGUAACGCAUAUGAACGGUCUGCCGGCUCACUGAAAUAAAGUGGUUAACUAUCUAGAUAAAGUGGACAAGAAGAUAUAAACUAACGUUACCAAACUGGAUAUUUUGAAGGAUUGAGGUAAUCCGGUCCUUCUUGGAUUGCUUGCUAGCUACUUGGCAUGUUCGGAGUUUGGGAGGUUGAACGAGCAAGCUAGCACUAGUUAACGUUAGCUUCCAAAUAUUUAACUUAAACCCAGUUGGGAACAACCGACAAUCUUUGGGACCGCAGAAAAAAGCAAAGGAUGGAGCAGCCAGAAGAAGUGCCGCAUAAUCCAACUGAACAGGCUGCGAUAUGUUUCAAAGCCUUUAUGCUAAAGAACAGCCCGAAGUCAAACCUCAACCUGUACGACCACCUGGUCCGUGUGCUUUGCAAGGUGAUGGACGAGCGUCCGGAAAAUGCGGUAGACGUGAUCGAGGACCUGAGCCUGGAGGUGAAGCGGACGGGGAUGCGGGACAAACAGAGCACCCUGCGGGACACGCCGCCAGUCCCCGCCAUCCAGCUGCUGGCCGAACAGCAGAAGACACUCUUCACCCGGGGAAGCGGAGACGAUGUGGAGCCGGAGGAAGAGCUGGUCGAGACCCCCCUUCCCAACCUGGCCGAGCAGAGCUUUUACCUGGAGCAGGCGGGGGUGGGGCUGCCCAGGGAGGAGCUGCAGAGGAUCCACCUGGCCCUGAAGCAGCUGGUGGACGCACAGCCCCUCCAGACCUGCCGCUUCUGGGGCAAGAUCCUGGGCACGCAGGCCAACUACCUGGUGGCCGAGGUGGACUUCAGAGAGGGGGAGGAAGAGGAUGAGGAAGGUCUGCAGGAGGACGGGGCAGAUGAGGAGGAGAAAGAGGGAGGGGCCGGGGAUGAAGACGAGGAGGAGGCGACAGAGGAGAUCGACCCUCUCCCUGUGUCCGCCUACAAGCCUCCCCCUGCGGUUCCAAAGGAGGAGAACCACACCGGGGUGAAUAAGUUCACCUACUUCGUGUGUCGAGAGCCAGGCCUGCCCUGGGUGCGUCUGCCCCCGGUCACCCCGGCCCAAAUCACCGCCGCCCGCCAGAUCCGCCGGUUCUUCACCGGCAACCUGGACGCCCCCAUCGUCAGCUACCCCCCGUUCCCUGGCAACGAGACCAACUACCUGCGGGCCCUGGUGGCCCGGAUCUCGGCCGGCACCCAGGUCAGCCCCCUGGGCUUCUACCAGUUCGGGGAGGAGGAGGGUGAAGAGGAGGAGGAGGCGGCCCGGGACAGCUUCGAGGAGAACCCCGAGUUCGAGGGCGUCCCUGUGCCCGAGAUGGUGGACUCCAUGGCCAACUGGGUCCACCAUGUACAGCACAUCCUGCAGCAGGGCCGCUGUGUGUGGGUGAACCUGGCCGAGAAGCCGGAGGAGGACUUGGAAGAAGAGGGGGAUGAGGAGGAGGGGGAGGAAGAGCCGGAUGAGCCCGAGCCAGAAGUGGGGCCCCCCCUGCUCACCCCGCUCUCCGAGGACGCAGAUAUCGAAGGCACUCCCCCCUGGAGCUGUAAGAUGUCCUCCACCCUCAUUCCCCAGUUUGCCAUCGCCGUGCUGCGCUCCAACCUCUGGCCCGGGGCCUACGCGUACGCCACAGGGAACAGGAAGUUUGAGAACAUAUACAUCGGUUGGGGUAUGAAGUUUGUGGGUGAGGGGUACACCCCGCCCGUGCCCCCGGCCCCCCAGCGGGAGUACCCCAGCGGGGAGGAGAUCACGGAGGCGCUGGACCCCAGCCUGGAGGAGGAGCAGGCUCUGCAGGCCGCCCUGGAGGAGCGCAGAGCGGCCGAGGAGGAGGCAGAGGAACUGGAGGGAGAGGAGGAAGAGGAGGAGGAGGACGACUACUGAGGAGGGAGAAUGGACAGAGACGCAGGGGGACUAUCGGAGGAGAGGGGGACUGUUACCGCGAACAAGUCUGUCUUAACGAGUGUUUUAGUCUUGUAGUGAGACAUGAAAUGGUGAAAAAAUAUGAGCUUGUUUUUAAGUUACUGUUGGCUUGACAAGUGAAAUUUUCUUACUCCCGUUGGCAAAUCUUGAAAUGAGUAAAACUGUCUCACCUCAUUGGCACUAUUUUCCUCAUUGUUAGCAAAAGAUAAGAUUUAAAGUCGAAAUAUAAGACUAAAAUACUUUUUGAGAGUGACUUAAUUUUUUGGUUUUUGCAGUGCACAGAGGACGGUUUUUACAAAGCGUAACUGUGUAUUUCUUCAGAACGGUCUGCCAUCAACAAUAAGGACAAAAUACGAAGUACCUUCUUGAGUGUCACUACCAGGGAGAGCUUUACACAAAAGAUCAGAGAUUCUGACCAUAAUAACUUCAAAUCUGUUAUGAACAGAUAUAUUGCACUCAUGCAUACAUACCUAUAAGUAUAUUCAUUCAACUGUGUUUAUGUAUGUACAGAGUAUGUAUUUGCUGCUGGAUAGAUAUGAGUUCAUGCAUUUAUAUUCCUAGAGAUGGCAGCGUUGGGUCUAUGCUACAGAAUAAAAUCAUCUUUCAG